GCUGUCAGCCGUAUACUCACGUUGCCUUACGGUAAUUUUUGUAAACCCAGAAGUGUCAUCGAGAGAUCUAUAUAGGAAUAAUGAUAUAAAUAACUGUUACAUCAAGAAAGAUGACAUUUAACAACCACUAGAAGCAACCAACGAAUGACCAGUUAAUGCAGCCUUUGGGCAGUGUGACAAUAGUAAUCAUGUGAGAAAAAAUGCAAACUUUCGCCUGAUUAGCAGCGCGUCGCUAGUCAUCCAGUUAAAGACGCAAUAGCUAGCUAGCUAGCUUGCUGACUUAAAUCCAUCUUCUACUACUGGUACUAGCUAGCUAUGUUGAUACCAAGUAGUGUUUGACGUUAUUAGCUGGAAUUGUAAAGAAUUAGCCAAGGGUUGAGUUUGUUCGACAGUAACGUUCACCAGUUUGCCAUUGCUUGAAAUCAGAUGGUAAGAGGGCUAGCUUGCUAGUCAACUUUUCAAACUCAGUCUCUAUUAACCUGUAAGUCCGUUUAAAUGGUCAUAUUCAGCCAAUAAUUAUAUGCCCACAUAUCUACUUGCAACUACUUUUUUUUGCCUGCCAAUCGUUUUUUUGAAUCCAAAACGGAUAUCAUGUGGCUGCAACAAAGAUUAAAGGGUCUGCCAGGGUUGCUGUCAAGCAGCUGGGCGAGAAGACUCCUUAUUGGACUGUUAAUUUUUCUAAUAUUCUACUGGUACCUGGGCUCGGAUGGUGCAUUGAGGCUCUUUGGUAGUUCAGCUCAGUCAGGUGGAGUUGCUGGGCAAUGCCUACAGACUGAAAUCCACCGGUGGAAGUCCCUUGUUGAACGAGGGGAAGGAGUUUACAGCACACCUCUGGAGAAAGUAGACACACCGUUUGUAUCAGGUAAUGGCCACAUCCUGGUUGAUUUUGAGUCUAAUAAACUCUGGGUAGCCUCAUCCACUCAGCCUGGCUCUGCCCCUGUGCACCAGACUGAGUAUUCCCCAAUAGUGGGCGUUCAUCUUCCUGGCAAGCGAGUAGAGGCCCAAGCCACCAUGUUGUGGUUUCGCAAAGGGGCUGUCCUGUCAGUCCGGUGUCUUUUACCAAGCACCUCGCAGUCCGUCCGUGACUGUGUUACCAUCAGGGAGGAGUUCAUUGCUCAUCGCAGUCGUCCUAACGUGUUCCUGCAGAGGAUCCACGUUAACAACCCUUCAGACCGGACUGCCACCUUGGAAGUUUCCUCUGAAACUCCCGCGUUUGGGAGUAAGUUUUCUGCCAGUGUGGAGAAGAUAGAGGAGAAGGACAUUGUUCUGUCAUCAGGGAGAGUUCUGCUAGAGAAGAAUCGCAUUGUGCUGGUGGUGGUGGCUACCAAGAAGCUGAACAGUAGGAUCCAAGUCCUGGCCAAAUCUGAGUAUUCAGACAAUGUUUUAUCUGUGGUGUGGACCUCAGAACCCAUUGAGUCUUCUAAACUGGAGGAGACCUUCACCAGGUUGAGAGACGGAGCCAAGAAGGAGCUGGGGGAGCUCCUGAGAGCAGAUGUAGAAGAUGUGGUUCAGGACCAUCAGCAGGCUUGGAUGGACCUCUUCAUCUCAGGGGUGGAGAUGAAAAAGAUCACUGACUCGCACACGCCGUCAAGCCACACGGUAAACACCACCCUCUACUACAUCCUGUCCUCCACCAUGGCACCCCUGCUGGACCGGAGGCUUGGCGGGGAGCAACAUGCCGAUCUGGAAUCCAGCCUGAACUACGCUGACCACUGCUUCAGCGGCCACGCCACCAUGCACGCUGAGAACCUGUGGCCAGAGCGCGUCAGCAGCGCGGCACAGAUCCUGCAGCUGGCCACCCUGUGGACACUCACACUCCAGAAGAGGGGUUGCAAGGUUCUGGUAGCGGCUGGUGCACAUGGCUUAAUGCAGGGCAUGGUGCUCAGUUUUGGUGGUCUCCAGUUUACCGAGAACCAUCUGCAAUUCCAAGCAGACCCAGACGUUCUACAUAACAGCUACUCACUUCGAGGGAUCCAUUAUAACCAGGAUUUGAUCAACUUAGCAGUGUUGCUGGAUGCAGAGGGGAAGCCCUUUCUCCAUGUGUCUGUGAAACCACAGGAGAAGCCUGUGCAGCUGUAUGCUUGUGAAGCAGGAUGCAUGAACGAGCCUGUGGAGCUGACAUCAGAAGUCAAAGGUCACACGUUCCCUGUGAUGGUGACACAGCCAAUCACACCACUGCUGUACAUCUCCACACACCUGCGCCAUCUGCAGGACCUGCGCCACACUUUGCACCUUAAGGCCAUCGUGGCCCAUGAGGAGCACAUGGCAAACAGAUACCCCGGGCUGCCCUUCAUCUUCUGGUUCAGCGUGGCAUCACUCAUCACCCUCUUCCACCUCUUUCUCUUCAAGCUCAUCUACAACGAGUACUGUGGGCCUGGCGCCAAGCCUCUCUUCAGGAGCAAGCAGGUGACAAAGACAAGUGAGGAAAUGACUCCUUAGGAAUGCAACCAUCGCAACAGGUGCAGAUAGCUGAAAUACUGCCUGGGUGAACGGAUGAAGUGUCAUGGGUUCAUUAAAUAGGUGUGAACUUUGAUUGUUAAAAGUUUAUUUAUGCAGUUGACACCAAGUAAAUCUCCUAGCUAAAUUCCACUUUACCUCCAGGGCCAUUUCCUCAUAAACGCUUCCACUCUAUUUGACAAGACAAUCCCACUGUUUGAGCUUGUCAUCCAAUCAGAGUCACUGUUUGAGCUUGUCAUCCAAUCAGUCACUGGAUUACCACAAUACACAUGAAAUUGGAGUCAAUCUCCAGUCACCAUUAUUUAAAAAUGUUACCUCUUACCUGCUGAGCAAGCCUUUUUAUGGUCAUUCAUGGGGGACUGCUGUUAUUACCUUUUUAGUAGGCUACAUACAUUUAUUUGAAAAAUAUGAAGAAAUGAUAUGAUGACAGGAUUAUAUUCUAAUAGUCUUGUUCUAUUGAUUGUUAAUCGUAUUUGCAGGUUACAAGCAAUGUUUUGAGAGCCAUUAUCUUCAAUAUUUGUGCUUUGAGGACCAAAUUCUUUCAACCUCAUUGAAUUGAUUUUCUCUGUCUCUUUUGCUCAGCCUGUACCACCUGAUUGUUAGUGAAAUCUUAAUCCUAAAUUGCAUUCCUGCUUUUUACAUUUACUUGGGUAUUUGUGAAUGCAUGAAUACAUCCUUAAAUUACAUUGAUUAAGGCUUUAGAAUGUAUUUGGAAAUUAUUGAAGUGAAUAUGGUCGAGUUUAGUGUAUCAAAUAUUCUUUAAGAAAUGUGCAUAUUUAUUUUUAAAAUAUGUUUUUGAAUGAAUGUGUGUAUAUGUUUACCAUAAAUUACCAUAUGAACUGUUUCUCUCAAUUUCUCAAGAGUUGGAAGUGAAAUGUAUUGUUUUUUUCUGUUUUUUCAAACUAUUGUAUUGUUUCAGAGUAUUUUAAGGGCUUUAUACUAAUUAUUUGGGUUUUUAUGAUAAUCUGCUGAGUGUGCCUUAAAUUAAUUUUGAUUACACAUUAUGGUCUGUACUUGAAUAUUGUUUUGAUAAUGUGAAUUGGGAGUAAGAGGUGUGUGUUAUUGUAGCUUGAAUCAAAUGUCAAUAAAAUAUAAAGUAAAUGAGUUACAUCUAAGGAUGCUGACAGGAAGGUUUAAAUAUAGGCUAUUUGUGGAUGUGAAACGAAAGUAUGCGAAUAAAGUAGCCUAUGCUAGGUGGAGGUUGCA